AUGUCGAAAUAUAGCAAAGCCUGUUGCUCUAUCCCACCCGUCAUCUCGAAAGGCUACGAAGGGAAAGGUCAAUAUCACACGAUCAAUGGCAUGAAAACAUAUGUCACCGGGCCUGAAAAUGCCACCGAGGCCAUCCUAGUCAUUUACGACAUUUUCGGCUUCUUUCCGCAAACCAUCCAGGGUGCCGACAUAAUGGCCUUCUCGGAUCCCAACCGCAAAUACCGCGUGUUCAUGCCCGAUUUCUUCGACGGCAGCCCCGCCGACAUUUCCUGGUACCCACCAACCACAAACGAGCAUAAGAAGAAGCUACACGACUUCUUUCAAACCAAAGCUGUCCCGUCCAACACCCUCUCCCGCAUCCCUGGCGUCCUCGAAGAAGCUAACAAGAUGACCGAGGGAGGGAACUUUAAAGCUUGGGCUAUCCUUGGAUACUGCUGGGGCGGUAAAAUCACCACGUUGGCCUCCGUUAAGGAGACACCCUUUAAGGUUGCCGUUCAAUGUCAUCCGGCCAUGCUGGAUGCCAAAGACGCGCUCAACGUCACUAUCCCAAUGGUGUUGCUGGCGUCUAAGGAUGAAGACGCUAACGAGGUCAGCGCUUUUGAGAAAAACCUAGAGGUCCCGCACCAUGUUGAAACGUGGAGCACGCAGAUCCACGGUUGGAUGGCGGCGAGAUCAGAUCUGGAGAAUUCCGAGGUUCGCAAGGAGUACAAGAAUGGAUACAAGACCGUGCUGGGCUUCCUCGGUGAACAUAUGUAG